AUGCUGCUCGCCGCGUCGCUCGCGUCGCGCGCGGCGCCGAUACGCCCCCGCGCGCGUCUUCCGCGCGCGCGCGUCGUCCGAGCGGCUUCCCUCGGACGGAACGACGCUUCCCCCGGCGCGCCGCGCCCCCCCUCCUCCUCCUCCUCCGCCGCCGCCCGCCGCGUCGCGGCGUCGCGCCGCGCCGCGUGGAAGGGCUUCUUCUCGCUGUCCAUCGACGAGGACGACGACGACGGCGGCGGCGGCGGCGGCGCCUCGACGACGACGACGACCAAGGAAAAAGAGGCGACGACCGCCGACGCGGAGGCGGAGGAGGAAGAGGACGACCUCGAAGAAGCUCCCCAGUCGUCGUCGUCGUCGCUCGCGUCGCCGCCUCCCUCCCCGGACGACUCCAUGUCCGACGACGAAGCAAUCGCGGUCCUCGAGGACGUCAUGCGCGCGCGCAUGUCCCCCGCGGCCGCGCGCGUCAUCGCGCGCGGCUUCGAAGACAUCGGCGUGGACACACCCGCGAAGCUCAGAAAGCUGAUUCUGUCGCGUUCCUUCGGGAUCAUCGCGCUCGAGUGUAUCGCGCUGCUCGUGAACGGCGUCGCGGCGUUCGGCGCGCUGCAGUGCUUUCUCCUCGCGGACGCGGGCGCGUUCUUUCCCGCGUCGAACGUAGUGGCGACGAUCGCGGCGGAGGCGUCGUUCGCGCUCGUUUUCUCGGUGUUCGCGGUGGAGAGCUUCGCUCGGUUUUUGGUCCUGGGGUCCUUCGUCGCGUCCGCGGCGUUCUUCGGGUGCGUUCUUCGGGCGCUCACGAUAACGCACCACGUGUGA